UGGAAGGUUAUUUACUAGUUGGAAACUGAGGAUGUGUGAUAUUUUACUUGUUUACUGAAGACGUGUAAACAAAUAGGAGGCAGAGACGAAAGCAGGACAGAGGAGAUAUCGUUACCUGGAAAGAAAAAAACAAAAAACAGAGAAUUAAGAAUAAUUAACAAGAAGUAAUAAGAGGAAGUGAGCUUAGUGAAGGAAAGAAGCUCUUUAGUCCAAUAUUCUUUUGUUUAAGCCAAAAUGAAGGUGGGAAUACGGUUGGUGUUGAGUUUGGCCAUCACUUUGGUCGUUCCCUUCGUCCCAGGGGCGAGGGGAGACGGCUACUUUCAGUCAGUGUACGAAAGCAUUGUGCAGGCCCAGGCCACCCUCAGGGAAGUGGCUACAACGGUGAACAAAGGCUUGAAGACUCUAGCAGAGACUAUGAAAUUUGUGGAAAAAUUUGUUGAUUCAACAGUGGAAGAGGAAUGCCAGUACAGCUGUCCCAAGAACAAGGUUCCUGUUGCCAACCCCAACCACAUCCCAGACUACAAUGGGUGUGGGGCUCUGGGCGUGUUCUUUGAGAAGGAGGAUUUGUCAAGACCAGAGAUGGUUGACUGUUGUAAUGAGCAUGAUCUCUGCUAUGACACAUGUGGGAGCGAUAAAGAUGAGUGCGACCUUCGCUUUAAGAAAUGCCUUUACAACACUUGCAACAGCAACCAGCAAGAAAUGGAGGUUUUGUCACUGAAGGCAUGUAAAGGAGGUGCAAAGCUGCUUUACACAGCAACCUUAGCAUUGGGAUGUACAUCAUAUAAGGAUGCACAGGAACAGGCAUGCAUAUGUGUGGAUAAGAAUGACAUCCCUAAAACACGAUACGAGUUAUAGUUAUUGUAGAGGCAGCAAUAAGUGCUGAAAUCUGUGAUAAUUUAUAAUAUUAUUAUCUCAUGACUGACAAUAGCACUACCAACGGAAAAAACAAUAUUUCGUUAAUUUUUUUGGAUAUGUUCAGUCUUGUUUUAAUAUGGAUUACCUUUUUAUGAAUGGACCCGUGAUUUUGGAUAUGUACUGUCUAUUUUGUACUGUGAAUUGGUCAGUGAAUUAGCACUAGCAUGUUAUGAAACAAGAUGCAGCUUUUGUAAAAACUUAUGUAGUUAAAUUGUUUGAAAUACUAUUACUUUGGUUUACUAAUAUAUUUUCUUCUGGCAAUUUUGUGUUAUUUUUCUUUUUAUGUUAACAUUUUGUCUUUCAUCUGUUUAAUAAUAUUGAAGAACUGUCAUUUCCAGUCAUUGACAAGAGUGUAAAAUAUGUUAGAAGUGCUUUUAUUUUAUAUCUUGGUACUGGCAUUGGUCAUAAACAGAAAACCAAACAUUUUAAACAGUUAGAUCAGUGUCACUUUUUCAGAUUGAAAAUCUCUAGGAUAUUCAUAUAUGAAGUGAUGUUACUUUCACAAGUAUUAUUUUUGCAAAGUUAGAAUAUCACAAUAUAUUUUUUUGAGAUGAUAGAGAUUAGCACACACCAUUUUCAGACAUCAGUUCAUGAUGUAUUCACCCUACAGUUUAUGUUCAAAGAUGUGGUAUUUAUGCUUCACAUAUUUUCAUUGAAAAUUGAAUGGAAUGAUGAAAUUAUGAAAUAGGAUAUAUGCAUGUAUUUUACUUAAUAUGUAGGUGCUAAAUAUGCAUAACUUAAUUAUGUAACUAUAUUUGUUGUUAAUUUUCUAUUUAUUUUGCAAUUAUUUUUAGGAAUAGUUGUGGUAAAAUUUUGUAUUAUGUCACUCACAAGUAUUAUGAUUGGAAUAUACUCAGGAAUAAUAAAUUAUAAUUUUGCAA